AUGAAAUUACUAAUUUUUUUGGCUUGCUUUAUGUAAGGGAUGAAUACUAACUAAGAAGUUGAUUAUGCAAAUUGUCUAUGGAAUAAUUGCUUAGAAAUAAGAGAUAAAUGUGGUCAAGCUUGUGCUGUUACUGCUGAAGUUGUUUAUAUCAUGCAAUCAAGCGAAUAUUGUCUUACAGGUAGUGACAGGGUUCUAUAUUAUAAAACUUGCGCUGGGCUUAUCGCGAAUGCUACUACUGGCGAUGUGCAAUCUUAUUAUAGAUGCCUUGAAAAAUGUUUUUCAGCUAUUAUAGGGAUUGGGAUCUUACUAUACAUGUUUUGA